AUGCCACGUCCACGGCAUCUCACGACUGGACUACCGCGCCAGCUACGAGAAGAAUUGGGGAUAAGAGAUCGGUACGGCGAGAAGAAGAGAAACCAGCCCGGACCUCCAGUGUCGCGCAAAGAGCGACGAAAAGAAGAGAGAAAGGGAAAGAGGCAUCCGAAUCAACACCAACAAGCGAAAAGACAUUCUCAGUACGACGAUGACGAUGAUGAAGAAGACGAGGAAAGUGUCGACGAAGGUAUCAGCUCCGAAGAGGAGAUUAGCGAGCCUGUGACCAAGACGAAAAAGACGGCUGUCGAUGACCAUAACGGGUCGAAGUCGGAGCGCAAGAUAUCGAAAGGUGUCCGCGAGAGGCUUGAGCAGGACGAUAAAGAGAUUGAAGCGUUGGAGAAGCGACUUGGUAUCAAAGGACGGAAAAAUCUCCCCAAGGCGUUCGAGGAAGAUGGUCUUGCGGAUAUUCUCGGCGAUCUUGCUGAGGAUUCGGAAUUAGAGGAUAGCAGGAAACGAAAGCGGGAAGGGAAUGAGUGGCUACAGAGGAAGAGGAGGAAGGCUCAAGGGUUGGAUUCAGAAGAUGAGGAUGGUGGUGGAAGUGAGGAUUUGCAUGACCUAGACGAGGGUUCGGAUAUUUUGGAUGAGGAUGAGACGGACGAGUCUGAUGACGAUGUCGAUGGUGGAGGAAGCGAAGUUAACUUCUCAGGGUUUGACGAUGAAGUGGACGAAGAUGAAGAAGAGUUGUCGAAUGAAGCCACACAAAAGAAAGUACGAGAAAAUCCCUACGUGGCUCCGGUCACGGCGACGCCUGCGACAAAAUACAUCCCCCCUUCGCUGCGCGCAAGAGCUGCAGGUAGCUCUGACGAUGAUGUUCGUCUACGCCGACAAGCCCAAGGGCUACUGAACAAGUUGUCCGAGGCGAAUCUCGUCUCUAUUCUCAACGAUGCCGAGAAGCUCUAUCGAGAGAAUCCUCGCCAGAGUGUCACUUCGACAUUCGUAACUCUGCUCCUAAAUCUCGUCACAGAUCGGGCACUACUACAGGACACAUUCAUCAUCCUCCAUGCAGGUUUCAUUGCUGCGUUGUACAAGGUUGUUGGAAUGGAUUUUGGUGCGCUGAUAAUCCAGAAUUUGGUCGAGACAUUCGACAAGUCUGCAGACGAGAGAGGUCCAUUUUUGGGAAAAGAGCAUCUCAAUUUGAUGUCCCUGCUGUCUCAGCUAUACAAUUUCCACGUCAUUGGAAGCAAUCUGGUUUUUGACUAUAUUCGACUUUUCUUGCAAGAAAUAACAGAGACGAAUACUGAAUUGCUGUUAAAAAUAAUAAGAGGCUCCGGUCCUCAAUUGCGUCAAGACGAUCCAUCGGCUCUCAAAGACAUCGUCCUCCUGAUUCAACCCGCUGUAGCCAAGGCAGAAGAAUCAUCUUUGUCGGUCCGCACCAAGUUCAUGAUCGAAACAAUCACCGAUCUCAAAAACAACCGCAUGAAGACCGGCGUUGCGGCGUCGACAAUCACAUCCGAGCACAUAACCAAAAUGCGCAAAAUCCUAGGCUCAUUAAACAACCGCGGAAUCCGCGCCACGGAACCCAUGCGCAUCUCAAGGGCCGACAUCCAGAAUUCAGCAAAGAAAGGGAAAUGGUGGCUUAUAGGUGCUAGUUGGAAGGAAGAAGAUCCGUUAGAAGCUGCACGAAGAGAACUUUCUACUUCAACUGGCGCUGGCACACAGAUACAGGCAGACAACGACAGCGAUGGAGAGCCAGAUCUAGUCAAUAUCGCCAAAGCGCACCGUAUGAACACUGACGUUCGCCGCUCGAUCUUCGUGGCUAUCAUGUCCGCGACGGACUAUCGGGACGCGCACGUGCGGCUGUUGAAAUUGCAUUUGAAACGCAAUCAGGAAUAUGAAAUCCCUCGCGUCCUCGUUCACUGUGCCAUGGAGGAAGAAGCAUAUAACCCAUACUACACACUUAUUGCCCGCCGAAUGUGCGGUGAAAUGGGGCGACGAAUCAAAAUGUCCUUUAUGUUCACGCUAUGGGACGUUUUCAAACGUAUAGGAGAGAAGGGCGAUUUCGAUGAGGACGACGAGGACGAAUUCAACGGCUUUGACGACGACGACAACGAGGCGAAACUGAACAUGAAAGCAAUCGUCAAUCUCGCCAAAAUGUUUGGCGGUCUAGUUUCUGAUAACUCCCUAACACUGGCGGUCUUGAAGAACCUCAACUUUGCCUAUCUCCAACCGAAGACUAGUACUUUUGUCGAAAUACUCAUCAUUACUGUGAUUCAACAAUUCCAAGCAAAAAAGACGUCGUCGGCAAGCAAUAAGAAAAACACAUGGGAUGAAAGCCAAAGGGAUGGGAAAGCACUUGCUCGCAUCUUCCUACAGACACAUGAUGUAGCGCCACAUAUAGUCAAGGGACUGAUAUACUUUGUGCGCAAAGUUGUGGCAAAGUCGGAUAUUGUGAGUUCCUCCAAAGAAAUGAACCUUGUAAAAUGGGGGUGUGGUGUUGCAGUUGAUGCUUUGAAGGGAGUACAAUUGGAUGGCUAG